GCACAAUUUACCUCGUCGCACUGCCUUGCAGCUCGCAGUGGCUUUCCCCCGCAAUAAUUUGCUCGGUCUUUAUAUGUCUAUGUUGUCAACUGAUCGCAGAUCACAGCUGAUUCGUGUCCCGUCACUGAAUUAUGCAUUUAAUUAACAAAUAUUGAUAAUAAUGUCUGCAAUAAAUAUAAAAGCGUUCACCUGUGAGAAAGUCUUGAAUUUUUUGAGAUCGUUCGACACCGUGUUGACAGAUUGCGACGGAGUGCUAUGGAUGCAUAUGACACCUCUGCCGAAUUCGUCGGACGUGAUGAAUCUGUUUCGCAAGCUUGGCAAACGAGUCUUCUACGUGACCAACAACAGUACAAAGACGCGCGAUGAUCUAGUGGAGAAGUGCAAGGCUUUGAAAUUCCAGGCGAACAAGGACGAUAUCUUGUGCACUGCUAAUUUGUCAGCUUGUUACUUACAAAGUCUAGGCUUUUCCAAGAAGACCUAUAUUAUAGGUUCCGAAGCAAUUGCAAGGGAAUUGGAACAAGUUGGUAUCUCGUAUUAUGGAAUAGGGCCAGAUAUAAUUAAUCCAAAUAGUCCAUAUUCGGUUUUUGAGAAAGAUCCAGAAGUAGCUGCUGUUAUAGUUGGUUUUGACGAGCACUUUAGCUAUCCUAAAAUGGUAAAAGCAGCCACCUAUUUAAGUGACGCUAGUGUACAUUUUAUUGGUACCAAUACAGAUGAAAGAUUUCCAGUUUCAAAUGAUGUUGUUAUACCUGGUACAGGAAGUUUAGUAAGAUGCAUAGAAAGCUGUUCAGAGAGAAAAGCGGUAAUCAUGGGUAAACCAGAAAAAUAUAUGGCUAAGAUGUUGAGGGAACGAUCUAAUAUUGAUCCCCAGCGCACUUUAAUGAUUGGAGAUCGUUGUAACACUGAUAUACUUUUUGGAACUCGUUGCGGUUUUAUAACGUUACUAGUCCUGACGGGAGUGACUGCUUUGUCAGAUGUUGAGAAGUGGAAGCAAUCCGAACAAGAAGAAGAACGGAAUCUUAUACCUAAUUAUUAUAUAGAUGCACUCGGCGAUUUAUUACCAUACUUAAAAGAAUUAGAAUCUGAAAUAUCUUAACUUUAUGAGAUUUAGCCACAAAUUAAAAGGAAAAUAUGUACAUCAAAACAUAUUCAUAGUCAAAGCCAAGUGAUAACAUAUUUUAGGGAGAGUAUGCUUGUACAUACGCAAAAAAUCGCGCACAUAAAUAUGUAUGUGUGUAUAUAUAAUUAUCCAAUAGGUGUGACGAGAUAUUCUAGGUAUUUUUAUCGAUUAUGUGUAAGUCAUUGAGAACUUACUCUUCUGUAUAAAAAAAAAAA